UUACCAUCUCCUCCGCCAUUUGUCACAGCAGAUAAAUUAAUCUCUCUUUCAAAUUUAAACUUCGUCGAGCGCACAUUAUAGGAUUUUAAACCCUCGUCAAUUUUAGUAUUUUUUUUGAAAUUAACCCUCGUCAAUUUUAACGGUCGGAUUUUCCAAAAAAUCGUACUCCCUGUUUCGUAGCUUUUCCUCGCGAUCCCAACUUUCGCCUACACAAUUUAACAAAGUAAGCAUAUGUCAUUGCUUCUGCUUUUCGAUUUUCAGGUCUAGUCACCUUAAAAUGUCAGACUGUCAAAGCAAUGUGCUUUUGCGCAUGCAAUCAGCAUUUGGAUCUCUUCUAUAUGAAUUGCAGAUGAUAUGGGAGGAGCUUGGGGAAUCUGAUGAUGAAAGGUAUAGGACGUUACUUGAACUUGAACAAGAAUCUUUAGAAGUGUUCAGAAGAAAAGUAGAUCAGGCAAACAUGUGUAGAGCUCAGUUGAGGCUGGCAAUCGCUGAUGCUGAAGCAGAACUUGCUGCUAUCUGCUCUGAAAUAGGAGAGCAACCAGUGCAUAUCAGGCAGUCUGAUCGUAAUCCUGAAAGCUUGAAGGCUGAACUCAGAUUGAUCCUUCCAAAGAUAGAGGAGUUGAGAAAGAGAAAAAAUGCGAGGAAAAAUCAAGUGUCUGAGGUCCUAACUGAGAUGCAGAGUAUUAAGACAGAAAUCUGUAGCUCAGAUGGCUUUUCUUCAAACGAACCAGCAACCAAUGGAGCUGAUCUUUCUACAAAGAAGCUUGAGGAAUUGCGCAGAGACUUGCAGGCACUUAGAAAGGAAAAGAGUAAGCGUCUGAAGAUGACACUGGACCGCCUGAACUCUUUGCACUCUCUGUGCGUGGUGCUCGGUUUGGAUUUCAAAGAAGUUGUCAAUAAAAUCCAUCCGAGUUUAGCAGAAGCUGAAAGCUCAAAAAAUAUUAGUAACCGUACUAUAGAGCAACUGGGAGAUGCUAUAAAACAACUAAGAGAGCUUAAAUUACAGCGAAUGCAGCAGUUACAAGACCUCACGACUUCAUUGUUGGAGCUCUGGGACUUAAUGGACACACCAAUUGAAGAGCAACAGAUAUUUCAGAAAGUUACUUGUAAGCUAGCUGCUUCAGAAGACGAGAUAACAGAGCCUGACAUGCUUUCUAUUGACUAUAUUAAUUAUGUCGAGGCAGAAGUUUCUCGAUUGGAAGAGUUGAAAGCAAGCAAGAUGAAGGAACUUGUUCUCAAAAAGAAGGCAGAGUUGGAGGCUAUUUGUAGGAAGACUCAUCUUACUCCAGAAGGAGAUAGUGCAAUGGGAAUAGCAAAUCACACUACUGAAUCUGGAUUUGGUGAUGCUGCUUGCGUGCUUGAUGAAAUUGAGCUUAAAAUAGCUAGAGCUAAAGAGGAGGCACUUUGCAGGAAAGAAAUUCUCGAAAAGGUUGAGAAGUGGAUGGCUGCAUGUGAAGAGGAAAGCUGGCUCGAGAAAUAUAAUAGGGAUGAUAAUAGGUAUAAUGCUGGGAGAGGUGCUCAUCUUACACUAAAACGUGCUGAAAAGGCUCGUGCUUUGGUCAACAAGCUUCCAGCAAUGAUGGAUGCAUUGGCUUCAAAAAUCAUAUCUUGGGAAAAUGAGAGAGGAACUGAAUUCAUUUAUGAUGGCGUUCGUCUGUUUACUAUGCUUGAUGGUUAUAAAGUUCUAAGGAAAGAGAAAGAACUACAGCGGAAAAGGCAGAGGGACCAGAAGAAACAUCAGGGACAGUUACUAACAGAGCAGGAAGUUGUUUAUGGUUCAAAGCCUAGUCCCAUAAAGAACUCCAAUGUGAAGAAAGCGCCGAGAUUAUCAUAUGGCGGGGCAAGUGAUAGAAAAGUCUCUCUUUGUGAACCUAUGCUGCAGACUCGUUUGACGCCUGCAGCGAAAGCUACCCCUAAUAUUCGGACCACCAAGAAAAAUGAGUAUAUAAAUCAGAACAGUUGUAAGGAUGAUAGACCUGCAGCUUCCUCAUCGGUUCAGAGGAAAGGUCUGAAUCGGGCUGGCAUUACUACGAAACAUCAUUCUUCCAACUUAGCAAAUGCUCGUGAAGCAGAGCGGCGAUUGAUGCGAAAGCCUUUCUCUCCUCUUUUUUCUGCAACUCCAUCAAAAUCAACUGCAGCAAAUGUCAUGGAAGACCUGAACAGAAAACACGAUGAGUUGUGUCGGAAGCUGCUUACAAUCAAUAGGACCCCUCCCAGUAUUACCUCAAGAGCAGGGCAAGAGAACAUAACACCUCAGAAGACACCCUCAACGGUAUCCAUUCCAAUGCAGACAGCCAUAACACCGGCUUCUAUCAAGACGGCAGCCAUUGCUCGAGUUGAAGAGGAGCUCGAGUACUCGUUCGAGGAGAGGAGAGCUCGGUUUGUGCUGCCUAGAGCACCUCUGAUGAAUGUGGCACGAGUUUAGAGAUAUGAACAUUGCCCCAUGCGUCUUAAGUUAUACUGAGUCAUUUGCUUCUUUAAUGUUGUGAAUAUAAGGUCGGUUUUACUUUUCUCUUCUUGUGUGCAUAGUGUACAGAGGCUCUGGAAUUUGGAUGUUGUCGUGUUGAUGCGAGUUUCCAACUCCAACAUUUACUUAUAAUUUUAUUUUUUAUUUAUUUUGGUGCUGAAA